AUGAACGCUCUUUGCGACCGCGGUGCCAGCUGCGACGAAGUUACACGCCGCGUCAAUGGUGGUUACAACGGCCUUGCUGAUCGUCGCGCCAAGUAUCAGCUUGCUUGCACCAUCUUCUAA